UCGAAUAUUACGUCACCACCAAAAAUUUACUCCAAGAGCCACCACUGCUACAAUUAAACAAAGGAAAUUCUAUUGCGGGCAUUAAUCAUUGAAGCAAACUAAAUCAACCUAAAUAGCAAUUCACGAAUUUAAUGCUAGCCACCAGCAAGCUUUUAGUUGAUUUAACAUGGCAGCACAAAUGGUGUCUAGUGCCAAUGAAUUGACAAUGGUAUACUAUUUUCUUGCCUUCGUUGUUCAACAGUUAAUCAAAAUGAACACAAUUUUCUUAUUACUUUCAUGUCACAUUAUAGCAGUUAACGGCGUGCAAAUAUACCGAGGCAAUUGCAGGAAAGAAUCUCUAUUUAAGAUUGGAGGCAGAGGAACUAGACUGGAUGCAAACAUUAUCUCUUCUAAAACGUCAUCCAGACUAUCCCUGUGUGCUAAAUCGUGUAUUGAUGAAGCAAGUUGCAAAAGCUUCAACUACAAUGUGGUUGCAUUGAUUUGUCAGCUGCUUUCGAAAGACAAAAAUGACGUUGGUGCAGAAAAGCUUUUGGCCGUAGAGGGUUGGAAUCAUUAUCAACCAGUCGAGUUCAUGGAUACUCCAAGAUGCCGAACAGAAACAAGCUCCGAAAUGUGCGCUUUCAACGAAGCAUGCGAUGAGGUGUGCGAGAAUCCGGUUGGCUACAAAUGCCGGGCGUUAGGAAACAUAGCCCUUGGGAAGGCAACAGCGCAGACGUCAACGUGUUCUUAUGGUUAUUCGCCUAGAGCUGUCGAUGGAGACACUCGCACCAGCUGGAUCUACGACUCUUGUACACAUACCUGUGAGGGGACAUCAAAUUGGUGGCGUGUGGAUUUUGGAAAAAGCUCUUUGGUGCACUCAGUAAAAAUUACAAACAGAGGUGACUGCUGCGGUAGCCGUCUUUCAGACUUCAACAUCAGAAUUGGCAACAGUACGACAGGAAAUGGGGACAAUAAUUCUGCUUGUACUGUCAAUCAAGGAAUUGCACAAGGUGCCACGAAAACAUUUCUUUGCAGACCACGUAUUUAUGGCAGAUACCUUUACGUUCAGUCAAACAUAACACCAGGUUUGACCCUUUGUGAGGUGCAAGUUUUUGGAGAAUAACUAGCAUUGGACGUUCUCUCGAUGCAGCAGGGACCAGGUAGUUACAUUCAAGUAAUGUAAAGAGUUCAGUAACGCAAACAUACAUUAAGGAUGGCAUUAUAAUGUCCUGCAUUUAUGGGUAUGCGGGAAUUUGGGAUGCUCGUCUUUGAUUCCCACGAAUUUGCCGUAUUUGAAAAUAUUUUUUUGGGUCAUCAUCGCAUCAAGUCUGAUAAUAUUAGCUUAUCAAAAGCACUUCUCUUCGAUGAUAACAUAAAUUCUUGGUCAAACUUUCACCAAACAUUGAAUUUAGAAAUAAACCAAAACUUGUUGAUUGUGGUCAAAAAUUGCAUCGAAUAUUCAAGAAAACAUUUCAACAGGCUCAAGCGCGCCAUGGCAAGGGUGUCAUAUGUACGUAUGCACAGUGUAUAAUUAAUGAGAUUGUUCAAUGAAAGUUUUCCAAGUUGCCCAAACGCAUACAACAUUUUACAAAACAUUGGGAACCGUUGAAAGGCUCGGUGACAUUUUUGAACUCCAUCGAAAGAUUUCCAAAACUAUUGAACAAGAUUUUGUCACCGAAAAACGUGGUAAACAAAAUCAAUUUUUCCCAGAACAGAACGUGAAUUUUGUUCGGUGAAAUGUGUAGCUCCUUUGAUCGUGGCAACUUCCCGGUGCCAUGGCUUCUUGGGUCUUGGAAGGGUGUGGGGUGGGGGGAAGGGGAGGGUUGGUAACUAAGCCUAGUUCUGGACGGGGUCGUGCCAUUUUGGUUCAAAAUUCGGAUCCAUAAUUUCGCACAUGUCUGAAAAAUAUGACUCAUCGUUCCACAAAAAUGAUGCAGUUGAAAACUUUAUCUACAUUUCCGUAAGGGGAAUGAAAUUUUCAAAACGCAGAAAUCAUCAAACAAUUUUUCCCCAAAUCCUCAAUAUUACACAUAUUUCAUAAUUUCAUUUCUAACUGGACAUUUAUUGCUAAAUUCCCCUCUUAAUAAUUUUGCAGUAUUUUCUCAAAAUAGUACCCACAAUACUGCAUGUUUCUUUAAUAGGUAUCCGUAAUUCUGCACAUAUUUCAAAAUCAGAUACCGAUAAUUUUGCACUUUUAAAAAAGUACCCCUUAAUAAUGGUACGUCCCCGUAUCUCAAAACCUAUUAAGGUACCCCCCUCCCCCGAGCAAAGCUUCAUGCAGUUAACUGCUUUUCUUUUCGCUUGUUCUUUUUUUCAGACGUGUCUUAUUUGGGCAAGAAUAAGGGUUAAACUUCUAAUAUUGUAAAGUGAAUUCGUACGCAGCGAUUUUCAUAUUCAAGUUACAAUUGAUUAUUUAUAUUAAAUAAAAAAUUGAUCUGUAAGUUAUGACAAUAACUCAACUGAGACGUUGAAUUGAAAAAUGAUAUAAUGAAAUUUAAUCAGAGUUAAUUUCACAAGGGACUUUUGCGUUGGCUGUUACUCUUGAGUUGAUUAUUGACUAUUGAGUUGUUACUCUUGAGUUGAAUAUUUUUGGUCUCAUGUGCCACGCCUUCUCGUGGUUCUCUUGCAUUUGCGUUGCUCGUUUAUUGGUAUUGCGAAGUAGUCUUGGCCUCCUGGGGAUUUGUUUAGUAAUGCUAGGGUAAGAUUUAUGGCUUAUGGCCAUUUAUAUUCCCUAGGUUAUUCUAGGGGUAUUUAAGGUUUUCGGCAUAGUGUUGGUUUCACUUUGCUUAGUGGGGAAAAGAGACUUUUCUUGUCCAUUCCCUCCCCUUUAUCAAUUAAAUUUGGGGGUUAUUAUGGAAAAUCCCUAAGUAACCUCUUCCUGUUUAGAUUAGUGGUAGGUUUAGCGAUUUGCGCCGAUGCACCAACGGCCCAACUCGCUCUCGAUGAUGUGGGAACAUGACUCAUGACUGAUUUUCUGACGUCGAGGGCAUGAUUUCUGAAGGAGCUUUUUGCUGGUAUUUUAUUCACGAGUAGAAAAUUAAUGAAACAUCGGAGUCACGAGUUUUAUUGAUUAUUGGUCUGUUUUUUAACUCUUCUUAUUGAAAUAGAUUCUCGCAAUUGUUUUUGGAACAUAGUCUAAUUGAAUUUGCACCAUGAAUAUUUGUAGAUAUCAAAUUUUGUGUUAAUUUAAAUCUUAAAAGAUUCAGAUCAUGUAGCAGAACUUCGCUGGUCUACUCAUUGUGAUGAAAUUCCUUUAUCAUCGUCAGUCAUUUAGCCAUUUGAUUGGCUGCUUGUGCUCUUUUGUAUUUGUUCAGGAGACCAAACCUUCAGUCCUUUGUUUCGAAACAAUACCGUUUUAAACCAAUCAGUGUUGCAGGGUUGAAUAUAUCACACGCAGUAAAACAGGCCUAGCUCUGGCGUAAACAACUACAUCUUGGAUUCAAUCACUUCGACUUAAUAAAAUUUUGAUUCCCUAAGGACAUUUAAAAUGAAGUUUUUUUCACAAUACAUGACAUAGCACAUGCGCAUUAAUAACAGUAUUCGAACAGCUGUUCUGUCUUGGACCACACAAGUCUAGAGCUUCUCGCCAGGGCUUCAAGUUGUAGUGCGCAUGUGCAAUGACCCUGAAACGGGGGCUAGUGCAUGUCUGGUAGACCGGUAUGAUUCAUCCCUUGAACAAGUAUGGCACGUUGCCACAGUGCUCUGUCCUGUGCUUGGCGAGUGCCAUCCAAACUCCUGAUGGUAUCCGUCCACCUGCACCUUGGUCUACCUCUACCACGUCUUCCAUCCACAUAUCCAGCAUCUUUUCCAGUGACGAUGUCGUCAUCGCCAUUCCUUCUUACUUAGCUCAAAUUGUAAAACUGAUGAUUUCUCAAUUAGAUUUUUAAAUUCAUAUAAAAGAAAAUAUACCUCUCAAUAGACUAGAAGUCAAGCCCAUUUCCUGCCAAAUUGUUACUCUAAAAAGCAAAGGUGUACAAAAUUAAUUUUAAAAAGAAAUUCUUUCCCAAAUGGACCAUUUUCACAUGAAAAAAACAAUAUACGUUAUUCUCUUUUGAAUUCCCGCCCCUCUCUAAUAUUCCCGCACUCUCUGAUAGUCCCGGAUCUGUUUAUACUUAAAAUAAUUAAUCCUACCUCUCUGAUAGUCCCGCAUGCGGGUUUGUUGGAGAAAAGGAACCGUCUAACCAUCCACUUUCUUCACAAUUAGCAUGCAAUGUUUCCGCGCAAGAAACACAGGAGAACAAGUUGGAAAUUCAGGCUCGCUUUUUUAAAAGAUACACCUUACCCAUCAUAUUGCAUACAACAGUCAAUUCAUCUUACAGAAAAAAGUCCAUUGAUCUUGCAGAAAAUGUGCGAUUGGCAUAAUCGCUGUUUUUUAACACAUUACUGUAUCGAAGUCAACUGUUUUCAAAAUGUUAACAGACAUCAAGGUAAAUGGUAGAUAUUAUUAGAUUAAUUUCCAUCAAAUAUUUUAAUUUUUUGUUGUUGAAUCCUAACCACCCUUAAUAUUCUAUUUAAAGCCAGUUUUCUCUAUUAAACCAACUUUUCAUAUUAUCAGUGAUCGGUAAUCAUCAGUGAUUUUGACAUAUAAAAACUAGACAAUCGGGAGCUAUCAGUGAUCAUCUCCGAUUAUCUCUAAAGGUUGAUUUCCCCGAAGUUAGACGAGAAGAUAGCAAAGGAUCGGUAGAUGCAAAUAAACAGCUGAUUCCGAAUGUGGUGUCCAAAUGAUGACUAUUUAAAAAUACUUAAAAUCUACUUCAUCAGAAAGCAUGUACCAAAUUUGAAGUGGUGUAAAGCGUCACCUUUAAUCUAGGUCUAAAAAAGGUCUGAUCUAACUCUCAAUACAAACUGAGCUGUGCGAGAAUUGAUUGGGACUACUUAAAGAAGAUAAGUGACAAUUAAACUACUGACAAACGCUAGUUGAAGAGCAUGAAUUCUAUGUCAUCUUCUGUAGAACAUUUGCAACUUUGUAUAGCUGUGCACGGUAGUAUUUUUCUUUCUACAUUUACAGUGUUUGCUUCCUCCUCGUGCUUACAUCAAUAAAAGAUCAUAUCCAGACUACAGAGUGCGAGGGGAAUGAAUUCUGCUGCCGUUAGAACAGGCUCCAAUCUAUCUGCUGAAUAAUCCGAAAUCUAUAGGUGACGGUAAAUCAAGAAGUGUGCUCUUCCUAUGUGAAGGUGAACUGGGACGGAUCACUGGUCUGGAUCAAUGCUUCGGGUUUUCCUUUCAUGCAAACAGAACCUGUCAUGGCUCAUUUGUAGAUUUUAUGUAGCCUGUGCCAUGAAGGAAAUUGUUCUCGUUUCCGUAAUACAUGCUCGUUAUAACUUCUUUCUUCCAGUUUUUGCUAGAGCUCAAGCGAGUCUCAAAAUGCUUUCCAUGCAGAUGCACUUACAUGCCAAGACAAGUACGAAGUUGUGAAACAUCCAGUAAUAGUGUUAAAAGGGAUGAGCUCUCUCGUAGAUCCUCCCGAAAGAUCCACAAAGUCGUAAAGAACCCCUUCGACUGAUGUAUUUUCUCUUCUUUGAUGUUCUGGACAUCAUCCAAAGAUGAUUUUAGAGCAUUCAUUCACAGUGCGUAAGCAUCUGCAUCUCUAGCAAACACUGUAUCCCAUGUGGCAAUGGUAGCAUGAAGUGUUUGGUGUCGGUUUCUUAAUAGUCUACACUCAGAUGCAAAGUGUCUGUGUAGUAGUUCGAUGACUAAGGAAGCAAUCCAUUGAUAAAUGCAGCCGCUGUGGCAAUUCCAACAUAUCACAAUUCUAAUGGCUUGGAGCAGCAAUAUAUCUCCUGUUACUUUGUGCAACUUUGCUUGGCAUGGAUACAUACUAUUUGCAUUGUUCUAUAUCAUACCCAUCAGUCUCAUCAGUUACAUAACUUUUGACGACGGUGCUUCGGAAUGUCACAGGUGGCCUUAGUAAUCACCUCAGCGUAGUAGCAUCAGAAAUGAAUGCACCCAAUCUAGUUGCCUUUUCAAAAAGUAAAGCAGAUAAGUAGAUGAAAAUGGAUUCAAUUGAUGCAUGCUUCAUAUCGCCUUUUAGUUAGGAUAAAUGUGCUUAUUUUCCAUCUUAUUUUCCUAAUUAGAAACGUGAUUUUUAGAUAUUUAAAUACACUUUUUUUAAACGCCCAAGAUUUUGUGCUAAUAUUCUUACGACUGCAAAAUAACCAUAACAUAGAUUUGGUUGAAUAGUUACCAAAAAGACGUCAAAAGUGCCACCUGUUCAUAUUUAACCUAAUGGCAUUGUCUAGGUUUUGCCUCGGGAGACCCCCGAUAAUGAGAAUUAUCCACGACCAUCGACAGAGAAUCUGUGCCACCAAGUAACCUAUGCAUCAGGAACUAUCCCUAAUGAAUUACUGUAUACAGAAAUCAGGUUUUCGCUGAACCAUUUGAAUGCUAAAGAAUAAUCACGAAAGAAUAAUCAACAACAUUAAUACUAUUUAAGCAAAGUUCUUCCUUGCAUUCCGAUGAAGAAUUUUUCAAAGAAUAAUCCAUUUACAUCAUCAUUCUAUUGUUUAAAUAAUAAAUUAAUUCAAACACUAGUUUUAUUUACAUCCUGGCUUGAAUAAUAA